AUGCCGGUUUCCUGGAUUGGGAUUCUUCUCGUUGCUGGUUUAGCUUCGAUAGGUUCAUGCUCAGCAGCAGCUGUUGAAUAUGAUGCUAACGCUGUCAUCAUCAAUGGCCAACGCAAAAUUAUUCUCUCAGGAUCAAUACACUAUCCUCGCAGCACUGUUGAGAUGUGGUCAGAUUUAAUUCAGAAAGCAAAGGCAGGAGGAAUUGAUGCGAUUGAAACAUACAUUUUUUGGAAUGCACAUGAACCUCGCCGUCGUGAGUAUAAUUUCGCGGGCAACCUAGACUUCGUACAGUUUUUCCAGAAAGUGCAAGAAGCAGGGCUAUAUGGCAUUCUCCGAAUCGGUCCUUAUGCCUGUGCUGAAUGGAACUAUGGGGGCUUCCCUGUGUGGCUACACAAUAUUCCUGGAAUCAAGUUCAGGACAGACAAUGAGAUUUUCAAGAAUGAAAUGCAGACUUUUACAACCAAGAUUGUGAACAUGGCUAAAGAAGCAAAGCUUUUUGCAUCGCAGGGAGGGCCUGUAAUUCUCGCACAGAUAGAGAACGAAUAUGGAAAUGUUAUGGGAUCUUAUGGAGAAGCAGGGAAAUCAUACGUUAAGUGGUGUGCACAAAUGGCUGUAGCCCAAAAUAUUGGAGUACCUUGGAUUAUGUGCCAACAGAGCGAUGCUCCAUCACCCGUGAUUAACACAUGCAAUGGAUUCUACUGUGAUACAUUUACGCCAAACAAUCCAACAAGUCCAAAAAUGUGGACUGAAAACUGGACGGGAUGGUUCAAGAAGUGGGGCCAAAAAGAUCCACACAGGACUGCUGAAGAUUUAGCAUUUGCAGUUGCACGCUUUUUCCAAUACGGUGGAGUGUUGCAGAACUAUUACAUGUAUCAUGGAGGAACCAACUUUGGACGCACGUCAGGUGGUCCAUUCAUCACAACAUCUUAUGACUAUGACGCACCACUAGAUGAAUAUGGAAAUUUAAACCAGCCCAAGUGGGGCCACCUCAAGAACCUCCAUGCAGCGCUUAAAUUGGGGGAGAAUGUUCUGACUAACAGCACAGUGAAAUCAACAAAAUAUUCAGAUGGGUGGGCUGAGCUGACUACGUACACCAGCAACAUUAAUGGGGAGAGAUUCUGUUUCUUGAGCAACACAAAAAUGGAUGAUCUCGAUGUUGACUUGCAACAAGAUGGAAAGUACUUUGUGCCUGCUUGGUCUGUUAGUAUUCUUCAAGGCUGUAACAAGGAAAUUCACAGCACUGCAAAGGUUAACGUCCAAACUUCUUUGAUUGUAAAGAAAUUACAUGAGAAUGAUAAACCUCAAAAACUCUCCUGGGUGUGGGCAGCAGAGCCAAUCAAAACCCCUCUCCACGGACGAGGUAGAUUUAAAGCUUCUCAGCUUAUUGAACAAAAGGCGGCAACAAAUGAUGAAACUGACUACUUAUGGUAUAUGACUAGGGAUGACUCCAAGAAAAUAUUUCACCCUCAUUGUCAUUCUAUGCAAUACAGAGUUGACAACAACAAGACAGCCUCGCAGAAUAUGACAUUGCGUGUGAAGUAUUCAGGGCAAUUCCUUCAUGCUUUUGUCAAUGGGAAGGAGAUAGGUUCCCAACAUGAUUACGGUUUCACAUUCGAGAAGCCUGUUUUGCUGAAGCCCGGGACGAACGUUAUUUCUUUGCUCAGUGUUACUGUUGGAUUACAGAACUAUGGUGAAUUUUUUGAUGAGGGACCUGAGGGCAUAGCAGGAGGUCCCGUUGAGUUGGUCGACAGCAGCAACACCACCACUAAUUUAUCAACAAACGAGUGGAGUUACAAGGUUGGAUUGAUUGGUGAGGGAAGAGGAAGACGAUUCUACGAUCCAACUUCGGGUCGUGCCAAAUGGAUCUCAGGUAAACUUCGCGUGGGGAGAGCCAUGACCUGGUAUAAGACCACCUUCCAGGCUCCAUCAGGAACGGAACCUGUGGUGGUGGACUUGCAAGGUAUGGGCAAAGGUCAUGCGUGGGUGAACGGGAAUAGUCUUGGUCGCUUCUGGCCAACAGAGACCGCCGAUCCCAACGGAUGCGAUGGCAAAUGCGAUUAUCGUGGAAAAUACAAGGAUAGCAAAUGCUUGUCAAAUUGUGGCAAUCCAACUCAGAGAUGGUACCAUGUCCCAAGAUCAUUCCUCAACAAUGGCUCAAACACAUUGAUUUUGUUCGAUGAGAUCGGAGGAAACCCUUCAGAUGUUUCUUUCCAGAUUACUGCAACUGAAACAAUAUGUGGAAAUGCAUAUGAAGGAAGCACAUUAGAAUUAUCAUGCAACAGUGAACAGCGAAUCAUCUCAGGUAUCCAAUACGCCAGCUUCGGAGACCCACAGGGAAGCUGUGGCUCAUUCCAGAAAGGCAGCAUCGAGGCCAGUAGCAGCUUGUCUGCAGUUGAAAAGGCGUGUAUUGGAAAGGACAGUUGUUCGAUAAACGUCUCAAAAACAACAUUCGGAGUAAAAGACAGCUUCGGCGUCGAUAAUAACAGACUGGCUGUUCAAGCUGUAUGCACAGGAUACAAUGAAAAUGAUGAAGAGAAUCAUACUCAAAAGAAGGAAAAUUGA